UAAUCACGUGCGUUUGGGGUCCAUCCGCUGUGCGCAGCGGCGCCGGCCGGAGGUGCAGGGGAGGCCGCGGGCGGGGCUCGGUCGUUCGGGUCAAAUUUCCGCCCAAAGCGGCUUUGAAAGAAGUCCGCUGACUGUGUUCAAAACGUCUGCUAAGUUUAUUUUAACCCGACCACUAGUUCACGGCUUCAUUUUCCCGCUUAGUCCCCUACCGGUUAAGCCCCAGGGACCCAGCUGCCCCUGCCUCCUCCCCGUCCCAGAGCUUCAUCGCAGACCGCCCCGCACAGGGCCCGCCGGCCUCGGGUCGCCGCACCGGUGGUCCGGCUGGGACCCCCGCCCGGAGCCCACCUCCGAGGCCUUGCACCCGCGGUUCCCGCGCGCCUCCCUCCCCCAACCGCCCCAGCGCGCCCUGGGGCGCCAAGUCGGCGGGACGACAGAUGGGGGGGCGGCCCGACCUUCCCGCCGAUCGAUGGAGCGCGGCCCUGGCUGCGCCGAGUGGAGGCGCUGCUGACGCCCCCGGCCCGCCCCCCACCCGGGGCGCCGCUAUAAGGGCCGCGCGGGGCUGGGGCCACGGCAGCAGCGCUCAGCACCCCCGGCGCGACCACCAUGGCCCCCCGGGCCCUGCCGCUGCUGCUGCUGCUGCCGCUGCUGCUCCGGGGCUGCGCCGCGCGCCCCGCGCCCCACAGGGCCCCGCGACACUCGGACGGGAUGUUCACCAGCGAGCUCAGUCGCCUGCGGGAGAGCGCGCGGCUGCAGCGGCUGCUCCAGGGCCUGGUGGGGAAGCGCAGCGAGCAGGACACAGAGAACCGCACGUCCUGGUCCCAGUCCCCUGGGAGCCCCGUCUGCCUGCUGUGGUCCAACACGCCGGCCCUGCGAGCCUGGGUGCCUCAGGGGGCCGCCCUAGACCAGGCCUUGUCUCCCUGGCAGCCUCGAGGACUGAGGGCCGAGGUCAUGGUUUCAGACCCGGCUGUGCCUGCUGAGACCCCCAGGAGUCCCUGAGGACGCAGCAGCCCCCUCCAUGGACCUGGGGAGCCUGGGUGGGGAGGCAGGUGGCAUUGCCCCCAGCACCAAUAAAGGAAGAAUUCAAACCCGGGCCUGAUGAGCUCCCUGCAUGUGUCGCCCUGGUUCCAGGGAGGCAGCCGGGCACUCGGAGGGAGAGGGGCCGGCCACGGGCAACACCCAGCUGCCCUUUAAACCCGGGAAGCCGGCAGGCGCCUCCCCUUCCCAAUCCCUUGUCCCUGGCAUCAGGGCCACCUCCCCUGGGCCCCGACCGCACCCCUUGUCACCCACUCAGCAGACAGUCGGGGGUCUGGGGGGGGGCAAGUCUGAGGAGGUGAGGAGGCCCAGGAUGGACGGGAGCUUGGGAGGGGACAUCCAGGAGCCAGGAGCCCGGCUCCCCGUCCGGGCCGUGUGGUCUCAGACAGCAGGGUUACCAGCUGUGGCCUGGGCCCUGUGGACACCCCAGGGGGUGCCAGGGACUGCAGGGGUCACAGCAGAGGCAUGGCAGCAACUUGGGGAUGGUGCUCAGCACCCCACCCGACCCACUGGGCAGCCUCUCCUUGGGUGCUGGGCUUGGGCCAGGCUAGGGCAGUUGGGGGCCCACAUCGCCUCACGCGUGCACCAGAGCCCUCAGGAGCCCAGGGUCCCCCGAAGCCCCAUUGUUGCCGAGGACGUGCCACCUCCACCUUCUGGAGCUGCGGGCAGGUCCCCAGGACGCAAGCAGCCAGUUCUUCCAGACGGGGGCCGGGUGCUUGGCCCGCGGCCCGCGGGAGCCCCCUUGCUGGAGGCCAGUCCGACGUAAACGGUCAUAAAUCAAGGCGGUGCCGGCAGGGGCGAAGGUCGGCAGGCAGAGGCAGCAGAGGCAGCGCAGGCGGGCUGCUCGGAGGAGGCCCGGAAGACGGUCGGACACCAGGCGGGCUGCGACCCUCCCGACGCCCCGAGAUGGGGGCUUGGGCCCUGCUGCUGGGGGCCUGGGCCCUGCUGCUGCCGCUGCUCCCAGACGCUGCCCAGGCGCAGGCCCAGGCCUGUUCCGUGAGCGGGAACGUCUUCGAAGUCCAGGAGAACACAAACCUCACCGACGCCCUGGUGAACAUCUCCGUCCCCGAGGGCCAGCAGGUGACCCUCGGAUCCUCGUCCACCCCCUUCGCCUUCCGGAUCCAGGGGACUCAGCUGUUUCUCAAUGUGACUCCUGACUACGAGG